AUGGUUGGAAUAAAUUACUGCGCUGCAUUCCUGAACAGGACCUUCAACAUUCCUCACAAUGGGUCUUCUUCCGUGAAUACGACUAGCUGGUCACAACUCCAUUCACUCAAUAAACAGAUCUACAGACGCCCAGCCGGAAAUAUAACAGUGAUUAUUGUGCUAACCACCAGUCACUUUGGAAAAGGUAAUCUACAGCUGGAUUGGUGUGAGGAGCCGGAAAACCUUGAUCAGAUGAAAGCCAACCUGAAUUCUUAUCCAAAACACGACUCCUUUCUCAACGUGCCGCCAGAGCGCAAUUUGCCAACAGGCGAACUGAAGACUUUAGAAGAGAUUCAAAACAAAACGCCCCAAUUCGUGAGCAUUGAACUGGAACCAGAGUACGGCCGGACAUCUUGUUCUGCGCCAUUGCGCCACCACCAUCACCAGAUCAUGACCACGUGCCCGUGGUAUUUUGCGAGGAACACAGACGUCAACAGGUACCCAAGAACAAUAAUACAGGCGAUUUGCAGUUGUGAGCAAUGUUUGGAGUUCAUGGGUGAUGUGAGGACCCAAAACCAGUGCAAACCCAUCCCUAACUUCAUCAGAGUUCUUCGCAGGGUGGGAUGUUCAUCAGGACGCUACGAAUAUGCCAUGGCACUGGAACCUAUGCCAACUGGGUGCACGUGCACUUCCGCAAUUCUAAGAUAUUCUCACAACCACAGAGCACAUAACCUUCGACCAAGGCCACGUGAUUGACCUUGCAGGGGUUCUGCUGAUUUAGCCACCGACGCCUCAGUUGGAUGUAAUGGU